AAUGGAACCGUUACUGGAGUCGAAGAUAGUGUUAGGGGAGUUGAGAAGUUUUUGGGUAUUCCAUACGCAGAGCCCCCUGUCGGCGAGCGACGAUUGCGACAAGCCAUGCCAUUGACCAUACCACACGGCUCACUUUAUGCAGAUCAUUUUGGUCCCUCUUGCUAUUCUGCGAGAAAUCAGGGCGUUGCGAGCGAGGAUUGUCUGACUCUCAACAUCUGGCGACCGACCAACCAUAGUACCAACGGAACAAACGGAACGCUUCCUGUGCUAGUGUGGCUUUAUGGAGGCGGACUUACCAAUGGUUAUACUGCCGACCCAAGGUUUGAAGGAACGCAGAUAACCCGCAUCUCUAGUCGGAUUGGCAAGCCAGUCAUUUUAGUCACUGUUAACUACAGACUAGGACCGUUUGGGUUCUUGAAUGGAAAGGAGAUGGCAGCACUGGGGUUGCUCAACAUAGGUAUGCUUGACCAACGCCUCGCACUACACUGGAUUCAAGAGAACAUUGGCGCAUUUGGAGGUGACCCAAAGAAAGUCACUCUGGCUGGAGAAUCAGCGGGCGCAGUCUCGAUCUACUCCCACAUGAUGGCGUACGGAGGAAGAGAUGAUGGGCUCUUCCGUGGAGCCAUUCUUCAAAGCGGUGGCGCCUUUCCACUGACACCUCCGGACACAGCAGAAUUUCAAAGCACCUUUGACGCAUUGAUAGUGAACACCAGCUGCGCAUCAUUCGUCGGAUCAAGUGCUGAAGAGAAGUUGGCGUGCAUCAGAAAGCUUCCUGUUGACGUUUUCCGGUCCAAGGCGGAAUCAGCUACAGGCCAGUCAAUAGAUGGCGACUUUAGCCGCACAUCUGUUCAAAGAGCCUUUCCAGCUGGAGAGUUUGUCAAGGUGGCUACUAUUGUCGGAACGAAUACGGAUGAAGGCACUACAUCGGCUCCAACAGGAAUCAAUACUACCCAGCAACUGGGAUAUUUUCGUCCACAACUUUUGCCGAAUGAGACAGUCUCAACACUAAUAGAUCUGUACUCUCCUGAUCAUAGAUUGGGAUGCCCGUAUAACACCGGCCUGACUACAUUCUCAUCUGGGAGCCUAGACAAAAUGGCUUGUUCUAUCUUUGGAGAUAUAGUCCAAGUCGCACCAGCACGCAUGCUUGCACAGAGCCUGGCCAAGGCCAGUGUUCCUGUCUACAUGUAUCGUUUCAAUCACUUACCACACAAUACUUCCGCACCUUUGAAAGCUAUUGGAACAGGGGUUGAGCAAUCAUACGUGUUCUCGAAC